UUUUUUCUUUGGGUUUGUUUUUGGUUUUUUUUGAGGCGAAAUCCGCCAAAAUCGGUUGAAAAAAACCCUCAACCCCUCCCGCGAAUCGUCCCCACCGAUCCCUGCUGCCACUGAGCCGGUUCCAGGGCUGUGCUCGCUGCUGCUGCCGCUGCUGCUGUUGGGGGUCCCGGGGCGCCCCCAGCCCCCCCCCGAGGGCCCCCCCUCGCUCUGCGACCCCCGAGUGAUGGAGCGCUUCAUCCUGGAGGCGCGCGACGCCGAGCGCGGCACGGCCGGGUGCGGCCCCCACUGUGACCUCCCCGAGGCCGUCGCUGUCCCCGACCCCGGCGUCAACUUCAACCUGUGGCGGAGCCUGGACGCGGGGUCCCGCGCGCAGGAGGUGGCCCGGGGCCAGGCGGCGCUGGCGGCCGCGGUGCUGCGGGCGCGGGAGCUGCUGCGGGACCCGCGGGUGCGGCCGAGCCUGGACCGAGCGUACGGAGCGGCGCGGAGCCUGGCGCGGCUGCUGCGGGGGCUGCCCGCGCCGGCCCCGCCCCCGGCGUCGCCCCCCGCCCCCGUGCGGGUGCGGACCCUCCCCCGGCUGCUGGGGGUGCUGAGCCGCUUCCUGCGCGGGAAGGUGCGGCUCUACCUGGCCGACACCUGCCCCCGGUGAGCGCUGUCAAUCAGCGGAGACAGCUGUCAAUCACCGCCGGAGACAGCUGUCAGUCAUCGCCAGAGACUCUGCCAGCCACCGCUGGGGAAAGCUGUCAAUCAUUGACUGUCACUCACCCUCGGAGACGACUGUCAAUCAUCACCGGAGACAGCUGUCAAUAACUCCCUGCAGCUGUCAAUCAUCACUGCCAGCAGCUGUCAAUCACCGCCGGAGACAGCUGUCAGUCAUCACCAGGGACGGCUGGCUAUCGUCGCCCAAAGCCAGCACGCUCGGUCAGCAGCUGCCAAUCGGCACCGACAGCUGUCAAUCAUCACAGAGCGCUGCCAGCCAGCAUUGCCAUCAGCUGUCAAUCACACACAGCUGUCAAUCAUUAUCGAUAACUGUCAGGACCGCCAGCUGUCAGUCAGCAUGGAGAGAUGCCAGUCGUCAUCGGCAGCUGUCAAUAAUCACCGUCAGCUGUCAGUCAUCAGCAUCACCUGUCAAUCAUCAGCAGCAGCUGCCAAUAAUCACGGACCACCCCGAUCACCAGAACUGACAGCUGUCAAUCACCAGGACUAUCAGCUGUCAAUCACCAGGACUGUCAGCUGUCAAUCACCAGCACCAGGAGUCGUCAGCACCCCCUCCCCUCCCCCCGGCACGUUGCACGCGCCGGCAGGUGAUUGACAGCUGUCAAUCAUCCCCCUCCCGCCUGAGCGCCCUGGGCUGCCCAGGCCCCGCGGGUGAUUGAUUGACAGCUGUCACUCAGGGGAGACCCCGCCCCCUCCCAUGUAACUUAAUGCAAACACGAGAAUAUUUAUGAGAGCCCCGCCCACCCCGCGAGUGCCUGCGCCGAAUGGGACC